AUGCUCUCCGUCGUGAUUCCCGGCCGUCCAUGCCUCACGGAUGCUGUCGCAGUAGACCCUCAGCCGAACGGCCAAUGCACCAAGUUCGCUUUUUCAAUCCCUUUCACGCCGUCAUUCAACGAAUUGGUUGUCUUUCUGCUGCCUGGAACAAUUCUGCCACCAAACACCGGCGCCGCAAUCUAUGCGCAACUUCCCGAUCCAACAACCGGAGCUCCAACAAACUUCCGUUUUAUCGGCGCGUUAGCCAAUGAGCAGCCAUCCGGUUUAUUCAGUAUCUACCCACCUGGACAAGCUCCAAACAAUUCAAACACAGGAACUGGUAUGCGCUCCGAAAGUGAAGAAAACGAAAUGCUAGAUGAUACCAUGAAUGCAAACCCUAACCGCGGUACAGUUCUUACACUUGGAAUCUCAAUUGAAGAAGUUCAGAACAUCACGCCACAACUUGCGGAACUGGAGAACGAGAAGGCUGGAGGAUCAAAUGCUUUAGCUCUGGUUCCUGCUGCACAGAAGCAGAUUUCCACCAAGGUACUCGCGCAGCGCAUUAUCGGAAGUGCGUUCAAUUUCCUCGCAAGCUUUGCGGAGUCCGAUCCGAAGAAUAAGGGUCAUGAGGUGAUUCCAUUGAAGAGUUUCCGGGAUUGGUGGACGAAGUUUGAGAGACGAAUUGAUAUGGAUCCGACCUUUUUGGAGAGAGAGGAUCCUAAUGCUUCUUAA